GUUUACCUCUGUGUGCAAUAAUGAUUUGCCAGUAACGUCAGAAAUAGAUUUAUAUAAAUUAUUACGCAGAUUACCUCUUUCGUAUAUGUAAUGGGUAGCUCAGUAAGUACAGGUCGUGACAAUGACGAGUUAAUUGAUAAUUUAAUUCAUGCAGAAUACAUACAAAGUUCAAAUGUUGAAAAAGUAUUUCGUGCGGUUGACAGAGCCGAUUAUUAUCUAGCAAAUGAUCGAUGUGGUGCAUACAGAGAUGUUGCAUGGAAAUCGGGCAAUUUACAUUUAUCGGCACCAUGCGUUUAUAGUAAAGUAAUGGAAGGAUUAGAAUUACGUGAAGGUUUAAGCUUUUUAAAUAUUGGUUCGGGUACAGGUUACUUAAGUACAAUGGUUGGACUGAUUUUGGGUACAUAUGGUAUUAAUCAUGGUAUUGAAAUUCAUAAAGAUGUGAUUGAUUAUGCAUAUGAGAAAUUAGAUUAUUUUAAAUCACACUCACCUGCAUUGGAUGAAAAUGAUUUUACCGAACCAAAAUUUAUACAUGGAAAUGGAGUAUGUUUUGCGAAUGAUAGUGGUUUAUACGAUCGUGCAUAUUGUGGAGCCCGAUGUCCAGAAUAUGCUAUUGACUAUAUCAAGCGUCUCAUAAAAGUUGGUGGUAUACUUGUGGCUCCAGUAAAUGAUUUAUUGUUACAAUAUGAACGAACAGGAGAUGAAACCUGGGAAGUUAAAACAUUGUUAUCAGUUUCAUUUGCUCCAUUAAUAAUGCCACAAUCUGCUGAAGAAUAUAGUACACAUACAAUUGAUAUGAUUACGUCCGAGCCAAUAAAUCUACAAGCUGCAUGCAGAGCAGUAAUUCGAACAAUUUUACGUAAGAAUAUUGAAUUAGAAAAUCCAGAAAUAAAAACUAGAACACGCAAACCAAUCAAACGGCCACGUGAAAAACGUGAACAAUUAGAUUUAUUGCCGAUGUUUGAUUUACAUGAGGAUUUAUUUAAUCCAAUACGGUCCAAACGCCGUCGAUCAUUCUUAAAUCGUAUAUACAAUCUUGUCGAAAGUGCAAGUAAUGAUGAUACAACCACUAACGAAGAAGAAGACGACGAUAGCGAUUCUGACGGACAUGAAGAAUCGAACAACAAUGAAACAGUAGAAGAAAAUAAUACAACUACUGAAAAUCAAAAUAGUAAUUUAGAUAAUGGUCAUUGUAACAUAGAUGAUAACGAACAUUCUAGUGAUACCGAUAAUAAUGAUGCUGGACAUUCAUCGUCCUCGUCUUCAUCUUCCUCAUCAUCAAAUUUCGAAUCGGAAAAUACAUCCGAUUCGGAUUCAGAUGAAUCCGACAAGGAAUUAUCAAGUAGAUUAAUUCGUAUAAAUAAAAUUAAACACGCAUUAGAUACAUUAGUGUUUGAUUCAGAUACAGAUGCGAUUGGUGAUUCGAAGGAUGCGGUUGAAGAGGAAUCAAGGCCUCCAUAUGUCAGUCCUUAUACAGUUCAUAUGCGGACAAAAAUACAAGCGUUACCAUUACCACCUGCCUUGAAAAUAUAUGUGAAUUACUACAGAAGUUUCGAAUAAAUUAUUUAUUGAGUACCAAAAUUGAUAAUGUUUUUAUAGAGUUAUGGAUUUCUUUUUUGAUUAUAGGUCGGGGUCAGAUUUAGAAGGUGACUGUCAUUCCAGAACGGCUGGGUAUUUAAGAGGCUGUUGUUUUAAGGUUGUGCUUAGGAACUUUUUUCUCUUUCAUAGCCGGAAACUACUCUCUUUCAGCGGGGCUAAAAUUUUUUAGUCCGCAGCAAGUUUGAGGUAUGAUAUUCAAAUUAGAAGAUAUUUGAAUAAAAAGUGCUAAAAUAACUUUGUAGGACUGUCAAGAAAGCGCAGUGUUUUCAAUGUCCCAUUGUCCAACACCUUGGAAAUUUUUAUUUCGAGUUGGGAAAUCUUAUUAUUUCGAGUUGGGCAAAAGGAUUUUUGCAUUUUUUAUUCAUCUUAAUUGAUUAUCGUUCUCAAUGAAUAUUCAUCAAUUUUAAGCUUGCUGUGCAAUUAACAAUUUUCCAGGUCAUCUGAAAGAGGAGUAUCAGUCAAUAAAAAUUUACACACGACCUAGCCUCUCAAAUUAUCAGCCGUUCUACAAUAGAUGUCAAAUAUUACACCUGACCGAACCUGUUGGAUUUUAAUAUAUUAAUUAAUCAAAUUUAUUAAAAUUUCAAAUAAAAUAAAUAUAAUUAUAAUACUUCAGUCGAGGUGAUGUCAAUCAUUUGUAUAUGAGGGUCCAAAUUUUCAAUUCCAGGUAAUUUGUUAAUUGAAUACUGAACAUUGAAUAUUUCGAAAAAUUAUGAAAAAGAUAUACCAUUUGGUUUUUUAUCUUGAGAUAUCGAAAAUUUCUAACCGAAACCCCUUAAUUUUGAUUGCAGAUUCGAAUUUUCGAUCGAUUAGAACUGGAGAAUUUAUCCAGUUUGACAAGAAUAUUAAAAGAUUAUUGUAUACCAAAAUUUAGCUUUCCUGUAAUUUUUUUUAGGCUUUUAUAAUACCCAUUAUAUUUUCUGGAUUAUAGUUUAUUUAUUGUUCUGAAAAUUCUUAAUCUUUUUUUUUUGUAGUGUUCGAUUUAAUCUCUUGUACUAUUUAAUGCAACAAUACACAAAAUAAUCUGUAAAAUUAUUAAGCCACGGACUCACGCUUAAAUCUGCGUUUACCUUACCCUUGACAAUUUGUAUGUGUUCUGCAACAUAUUAAAACUUGCAAUUUUCUGAUAGUCGGACAUAGAGCACCCUAUUUUCCCAUUUCUUAUUCGAUAAUCGUCUUAUAGCCUAUUCCGACUUUACGAUUAAAAGGAUAUGCAAUUUUACAAUUAUUCACGAGUAAAAGCAUUUCUUUCCUAUCGAACAAUUGGUAAACAGGUAGAUAGCUGUGAACUGUAUAACACCUCAAAAUUAAUAAUUAUUGAUAUCAAAUCGUCUAAAUUGUAUGCAUAGAAUUAAGCUUUAAAUUUACCAUAUAUCAAUAAUAAUCAAUAAAUUUUAUCAAAUAAAUUACUCAUAGCGAUUUUUCAAGUCGUUUUACUCUUUUUCAAAUUGUUAAAGAAAU